AACUGAUCCCGAAUGAAAUAUUUAUUAGUUGGCUGAUCAUGAUGUCAGUGCUGAAAGUCAGAGACCUUGCUUAUACUGAAGGUGAGCUGCAUAGUUCUGUGUUUUCAGUUUUAACAGUUCACUUACUGGACGACUGUCCCUGAUGAAAUGAUGGAACACUAGCAGGCUGUUCACACUUUUGGGAAACAAGGAGAGUUUCUGUGGACUCGAGUAUCAUUGACUGGAAAUUUACUUUUCAAUGAAGCAGUGGUUUCAGGAUCGGUAGAGCUUCCUCCUGAUGAGAACUCAGACACCGUGCACACAAGUCCAGCCACCCACCUCAGAUCCUGUCCACACCUUGCUGCCUUUGUCCUCACACACAAACAUGAUGCUGGGCUAUGCCUCAGUCCAACUCUGCAGGAACUGCUGUGACUUGCAUCCUGCUUUCCGUGGGACAGAGCGAGAACGAGGUGGUUCCGGCUGCAGCUGCACUCACACUCAGGGGAAACCUAAGGAAAUGAGUAUGAGGCACGGUCACGCAGCACAGAUGUAGCCCCGUCAUCCACCAGAUGGCGCCUGAAGCCCCACGUCUCCAGACAGGAGAAGAUGCCAAAGGGUCCAGGAGUCCAUGCGGUGGUUCCUCAGACACAUAAGGCCUCUAGGGUCCGCCUGGUCCUGUAGAACCUAGCUACUACAAAUACAUCAAGAGAAUGAACAUCUAAGCAUUAGAUGCACUGAGGAGGCUGGAGUGAGAAAAGGCAGGAGGAACUAGUUACAACCGAUCAUGCAAGAUUCAUGACAGCUCACUUGAAAACAGGACAGAGAUUAAGCGACGACCUGCUGAGACAGUCUUUGCUGAGUGAGGAUGGAGCCUUCUUGGUCUUGUUUGUCAGGAUGUCUGGUCUGAGCCUUCCAACCAGAGGUAACAAAGACGUCACUCAGAGUAGUUCCAUCUACAGUCUCCACCUAAACCCACCCAAAUCUGAAGCCGGCAUUUACACACAUGCUGUGUAUGGACCACAGAGGAUCUAUUCAUGCAGCACACGGCACGUCCUUGGAAACACUCUGCAGACACAGAGCCUACCACUAGCAUCUGAUGCUAGUGCUGUAGGUGUGAGAGGGCGGAGGAGGAGGGGAAGAGGCACAGCCACAGCAAAAGCCAUUCAUGGUCAGGAUUAUACGUGUAUUUCUGAUGGCAUCUUCUGCUGACGACCAAGUCUGAGCGCUGGGGCCACUGCUCACUGCUUCAGUGGAAAACACCAUGAUUGACUGCGAGCGUCUCUCUCCAUUAGGCUUCGGGCCGACUGGGCUUUCCGCACACACACACACUCUGGCGGCAAUGCCUCAGAGAUCAUCCCACCAGAGAAGGAGAGUCAGCACAGCCGCUACGAGGAGGAUGGAGCGGAGACGCAUGGACCAAGGAAGGACCAUCAGCAACACGAGCAGCAGCCACAAGCACCGCUCCAAGAAGCUGGCCAUGCUCUCUAGGACCCUGGUGUUGUGUCAUUCUAAGCCCAAUGAUGAGUGUCUGGAGGAGCGUCACAUGGGGCAAGUGUCUGACGGGGGCAGGACCUGCGGACCAGUCUGGGACACAGACACAGGGACCCGAGCUGUGGAGAAUGGACAUUGGAGGACAGGUCACCGUUCCAGCCUGGACAUGAGAGGAGGCAGCGAGGCCACAACACGGGGUCCCCGAGAGAAUAAGAGGAGCAUGAGGAGGUCCUUCAGCAUCAAGGACAGCAGCAUCUGGAAGAUGUGUGUAGCAACUCAACCCACUGAGGAGGCUGGUGGGUUGCAAAUGACAGGACACGAGCCACAUGAUGGCACAGGACGACAAAGAGGCUGCAGCUUCGUGCGCGCAGACAAACUGGCUCCGUUUAACGGACAGUGUCUAAUGGAAGCAGAGGAAGUGAGGAGCGAGGAGAUUUCCACAAGUGCAGAAACCUUCCAUUCACAAAGUCUAACGCAUCCAGCCCUCGUUUUCCCACCUGCUUCUCUACUGGUGUCUGCAUAUGCAGAUGAAAAAAUUAUGAGCAACAACAACCAUCUGAAGUUACCCAUCCCAGAUGUGAAUGAGGACAGAAGCUGGGAAAAAGGAAAAAUGGAGCAGACUCCCAGCACAAGGACACGCUCCAGUUCAACCAGCGUCCAUCCUUACUGGAUCGGGGAUCUGGACAGCAUCAUCAUGAAGGAGGUGCACGGCGGGCCUCCCCCUGGCAAUGCUGGCUUAUCUGGAGACAGAAAGUCCCUCUCCCAGCAGCUGGAGAACACACAUGUACAGCCUGCUCUUCGCCCUGUACGCUCCCUCAGCUCGGCUCAGCUGCUUCACUCCUGCAGCAACAUGUGCGGCUUCAUCAUCUGCAGCAUCGUUCUGAUGAAAGGCAACGGAAAGGGUCUGGGCUUCAGUAUCGUUGGAGGGAGGGACAGCAUGUGUGGACCAAUGGGAAUCUAUGUCAAAACCAUCUUCCCUGGAGGGGCAGCAGCUGCAGAUGGCCGGCUGCAGGAGGGUGACGAGAUCCUGGAGCUGAAUGGAGAAUCUCUGCAUGGUCUUAGUCACGAUGAAGCUCUGCACAAAUUUAAACAGAUGAAGAAGGGCCUGCUGACCCUGGUAGUGAGGACCAACCUCCGCGUGGCGGCGCUGUGUGGCCGGGUGCAGCUCGCUCAGCUGUGCAGAUCGCGCUCCCUCGGCUCCACCACAGGUUUGGCCAGAGUCACCGCUGAGGCCGACUACAACUACCUGCACACGCUGAGCAUUCUGGCCCCCCCUGGUCAAGCCAGAGAUCGUGUCAUCAUGGAGAUCACGUUGCAGAAAGAGGUUGGUGUCGGCCUGGGUAUCGGACUGUGCUGUGUCCCGUCCGGGGAUGGAUUUCCUGCCAUCUACAUCCACACGCUGUCUCCUGGAUCGGUGGCACACAUGGACGGUCGCCUCCGGUUCGGGGAUGAGAUCAUGGAGAUCAACGGCACCGUGGUUUACAACAUGGCUCUCAAUGACGUCUACACAGUGCUGAGCCAGUGCAAACCCGGCCCAGUCCCCGUUAUCAUCAGUCGCCACCCUGACCCCAAAGUCUCAGAGCAGCAGCUGAAUGACGCCAUCACACUGGCCGUGGAAACCAGCAAACGGAAGAAAGAAAAGAACCAGUGGAGCAUCAACGCUCUGCGUAGAGCCGAGCCCUGUUCUCGCAGCCAUCAGAGGUGUGAGCGCUGUCAAGCACAGAAGACUCUGAGCAGCUCCUGCAGCGAUGCCAGCGGACUCCAGCGCAACUUCCUCACGAUCUACAAGCUCCAUAAGCACAAGCUGCCGGCCCGCGUCCAAAGCCUGGACACGGCUACGUCUGUCAUAGAAACGUGGCCUGACAGCAGACUAUCUGUGCCCUUGUAUCCCGAUGAAGACUAUAACAUCCCAUACAGCGUCAGUCAGCAGACGCUGAGUCAGGGCCGAUACUGCCGGGCCCAGAAUGUGACCAGUGAAGAGGGUUACAACGGAGACUCCAGCGGCUCCAGCAGAGGAUCCCCAGUCAGAGGAGGAGGCAGCUGCCAGGAAGGAGAACAAAUAAGAGAACAGCCGGAGGGGAUUCAUCCAGACUCUGCAGCCAGCUGCACCAGCAGUGGACCACGCACAGCUGAGCUCUGCUUACGGCCAAACAGACGAGGUCUCAGAGGGCAGGCUUGCAUGCAGCAGCAGCUGCACGACCCCUGGAUUCGCUGCUCACCUCCACUGCCUGAGAUCCACCAGCAUUCCCAUCGCCACACUGCUGACGCCGCCCAGCCCAUCAACCUCCACCCCCACACUGCCACCAUGAGCGACGGAAGCCACUGUGCCGAGCUCAAUGGGACGAACCUGGAGGGAAAAGAUGGUCUGUCUGAUGUCACUUCUGGUGUGAGUGAAACCUGCCCAGAAUCAAAGAAGGCACCGCCUGUUGCACCCAAACCUGCAUGGUUCCGUCAGAGCUUGAGGAAAAUUCGGGAUGAGCAGGGCCAAAAGAAGCCAAAUAAAUCUGCCGUGGGCUUCAGCAGCGGCUUCGGUGUCAGAUCUGCUUCAUCUGCAGCCAGCAUGUCAAUCAGGCAGAAGAUCCACUCGUUUGAGACCUUCUCUAAUUCUGAGAGUCCAGAGAAAGGGGCCAACAAGAGACCGGCAGCCUCCACACCCCUCUCUGUGGUGGAGCAGGAUUCCAAAAGUCUCUGUGCAUCACAUGAAGCUAACAAGGAGUCAGCAUCAAAGCAGUCUGUGGUUGGAGAAGCAGCAGCAGAUCUCACACCUGAACUGGAUUCAAGAAUAGAUGAUUUUCACUCUGCUCCAGUGUUGGAGCAGGAAGCGGUAUUAACCGUAAAACAGGGGCCUGACAGAGAAAACGUAGACGUGAGCAGAACCACCGAGUUCAGGGGACUAGUCCCUGCAUCAGUUACAAGAUGCAGCGAAGAUGACAAGGAAAAUUCUUAUGAGGGAGCAGACGAGUCCGGAGCCCAGAACCACGGAAAGCUGCUGAGCAUCAGUGAUGAGGGCGGCUGCCUGAGAGGCCUGGAGGCAGAGAGCCUAGGGCGGAUCCUCACCUUCAGCAACCAGGUGUCACAGGCUCUGCUACGUUCUCUGCCCAAGCGAACCGACUCCCCAGGUCCAGCAGAACCCUCAUCGGUGGACUGUACCGACCCGGAGGAGCCCAGGACGGAGCACGACGGCGCUGACAGAGGCUUCUCUCUCAGCUUGGCCACGCUGAGGGAGGUGACCAUCGAGCGAGGGCAGGGAGCUUCAGCUGCUGAGGCUGCAGCCAGUGCUGCUUGUGCUCACUCCGUCAUCUCAUCCAUCCCUUCGGAGGAAAUACAGGAGAUGAUACAGGAAGUCAAAGCUCUGGAUGAAGACACACUGAAGCUGGUUGACAUCCAGGUUGUAAUUCUGCACAAAGAAGAGGGAACUGGGCUUGGUUUCAGCAUCGCUGGAGGCUCUGACCUGGAGAACAAAGCUCUCACAGUCCACAAAGUGUUUCCCAGUGGUUUGACGGCUAAGGAGGGAACCAUUCACAAAGGAGAUGAAGUGCUGUCUAUUAAUGGACAAACUCUGCGUGGCGUCACUCACACUGAUGCCACUGCUGCUCUGCGUCAAGCUCGAAGCUUAAAGCUGGCUGUGGUGGUCAUCUGCAAGAAGGCGGAGGAGGAAGGAGGAGCAGGAGCAGCAGUGGAGGUGCAGGGAGAUCUGGUGAGUGUGGAGCUGGAGAAAGGAGCUGCAGGAGUCGGGUUUAGUCUGGAAGGAGGAAAGGGCUCGAUCAGCGGAGACAAGCCUCUAGUCAUCAAUAGGAUCUUUAAAGGGGGAGCAGCAGAGCAGGGUGGCCUUCAGAGUGGAGAUGAACUGCUGCAGGUUCAGGGAGUCAGUCUGCAGGAAAUGAGUCGCUUUGAGGCCUGGAACAUGAUCAAGUCUUUACCUGAAGGAGCCAUCACAGCCGUGAUCAGGAGGAGAGAAUCACACAGCAACUGAGUUCAUAAAUCAUCUACUGAAUCACCUUCAAAAAUAUAAUCCGCUCAUUGUGAUCCGGCCGUCAACAGACUGACAGCAGCAGUUAUGAAGCAGCUCUUCCAUUGACCUUCCACUCUGCGUUCAGUAGCUACAUGCAUGUUGUCAGUGUGUCUAUUCUUAAAUCACAUCCCACAAAAUGAAAUGAUUUGUAAGAAGGUACGAUUAAACACGCUUCACAAAACCA